GGAGGCGUGACGUCAGAGUUACGGUCGGAGUUGAUAAUAGGUUGAAGCAGAUGUGAAGCCUUCAUCUUUCUCACAUGGUUAUCGAUUUAAUUCGCUGAUAUCAUGAUCGUCGUCAUUUAACUUUAUGGAGCGAAACGUAAAGGUGGGGCGCGGGAAACUUUCGGAGUAACAAAUCUCUUAUAACGGAAACUACGGAACGACUAACGAAUUUAGGAAAGCUUUUCGGAUAUUAUGUCGAUAUGUUGCCGCAUUUUGAUCAUCAUCCUGUGUUGGAUGUUGGCGGAAUGCGUAGAUGAUGAUGAGAGCCACUACGUCAACGAAUGGGCCGUGGAGGUUCAAGGGGGUAUGGCCCAGGCUGACAGGGUAGCACGGGAACUGGGAUAUACCAAUGAAGGAAAGAUUGGCGCUCUUGAUGACCACUACUCUUUUAAACGAGAUGACCAUUCACAUCGCUCAAAGAGAGAAGCAGUUCACCACACCCGCGCACUGACAUCACAUCCGCAGGUACGGUGGGCGGAGCAACAAUUCACUAAGAAGAGAGUAAAACGUGAUUUUUUAGAGGUCACUGAACGUGAUGAAGAUAUUGAAAAAGCCAAACAGCUCUUUAAUGACCCUUACUGGCACAAGCAAUGGUAUUUGGUGGACACAAGGACGGAUAAACAACAGCCCAAAAAAGACCUUCACGUUCUACCCGUGUGGAAUAAGGGUAUUACCGGACAAGGAGUGGUUGUAACUAUAUUGGAUGAUGGUCUGGAGCAUAAUCACACUGACCUUGCUCAAAAUUAUGAUCCCUUUGCAAGUACGGAUUUGAAUGGUAAAGACAACGAUCCAUUCCCUCGAUACGACCGGACCAAUGAAAACAAACAUGGAACUCGCUGUGCCGGAGAGAUUGCUAUGGUUAAGGACAAUGGUGUAUGCGGUGUGGGCGUAGCUUAUAAUGCAAAAUUAGGAGGGGUGCGAAUGCUCGACGGUACAGUAACAGACAAACUGGAAGCGGCGGCAAUCUCUUUCAAUAUCAGCCAUGUUGACAUCUACAGCGCGAGCUGGGGUCCAAACGACGAUGGCAAGACCGUUGAGGGGCCGGGACCACUGGCACAAAAAGCAUUCGAAAAGGGCAUCAAGGAAGGCCGUGGUGGGAAAGGAGUGAUUUACGUGUGGGCAUCAGGGAAUGGAGGGGGUAAAGGUGACAAUUGUAACUGCGAUGGCUACACAUCCAGCAUAUACACCUUGUCUAUCAGCAGCGCUUCCGAAGAGUGUAAAUCUCCCUGGUAUGCAGAGAAAUGCUCUUCGACAAUGGCAACCACAUACUCCAGCGGGGCCAUGAGUGAUGAGAAAGUGGUGAGUGCCGACCUUCAUAACAAAUGCACAGAUGCGCACUCCGGUACCUCUGCCUCCGCUCCACUUGCAGCUGGCAUAUUUGCACUCGCUCUUGAGGCCAAUCCAAAUCUAACAUGGCGUGAUGUGCAACAUCUUGUUGCAUGGACCUCAGAACCCCAUGUCCUGCUGACAAAACCCCCAAAUCAACCAUGGAAAGAAAAUGGGGCGGGAUUCUUGGUCAACAACCGCUUUGGAUUUGGUCUCCUGAAUGCAGCACAGCUUGUGGACAAUGCUGUCGGCUUCGUGACAGUUCCAGAGAAACAUAUCUGCGACAUAACUGUUGACGCUGGAGAGAGUAAAUUACCAAAGGCCAUUAAAUCCGGCAAAGAAGUCGUUGUCGAAAUCACAACCACAGGUUGUAAGGGACAAGAGAACGAGGUCAACUACCUUGAGCAUGUGCUUCUCAAAGUUAAUGUCAACUACACGCGUAGAGGCGAUAUCUUUGUCACUCUCUCAUCACCUGCAAGUGAGAUGAAAACGGGUUUACUUGCCCAGAGGAACCGAGACUUCUCCAAGGAUGGUUUCCAGGGAUGGUACUUCAUGUCUGUACACAACUGGGGCGAGAACCCAAGAGGCAAGAAUGCAACCGACAAAAAGGGCGUCUGGAAAGCUACAAUCGGAGACGGCAGUGGUCAUGGAAACGUUGGCAGCGUGUGGGGAGUGUCCCUUCACCUUCAUGGAACUAAGGAGAUGCCAGCCCAUAUGGAGAACGCUGCCGGCAACAGACGUCCAUACAACAAGGAUUACAACAAAGUAGAGAACGACCGAGCAAACACUGGCGAUGACUACUCUCCCACACAACCUCCUCUGAAGGCACACGCAACGACAAGUACGAAAACCCCUGCAAACAAGUUAGAAAACGCCAUAGAGAAGCUACGGGAAUACCUCGGUGAUGACUACGACCUCUACCCGUCACCCAACAACAAUUACAACAGUUACAGCUAUGGAAGCGACUACCCUGAACCACUUGAUACCGACUACAGUGCCUUUAUAGAUAGAUACGUACUACAGAAUGAUAGGUUAAGCGAUGAUGAAAAAGUAGUUGUUUUGGCUACAAUGAAUAGGGAGUGGGGAGAAGCUAUGCCAUGACGAUUCAGUGAUAUUAUCUGAUUCGAGUUGAAUUCAAUUCUCAUAUUAAGUUAGAACCUAAGUCGAAUAUCCUAUACGACUCUUAUAAGAUUCUUCGUUAUUCUGAAACUGUAACUAAGAAUUUUAUAAGAAUGGUAUCUGUAGUUUCGACUAGGGAAGGGGACUCUUGAUAUGUAGGCCUACUAACGUCAUUGAAUUGUCAUCAAAAUAUUAAUAGUCAUUUGAGAGAUGACUUUGGUGGUGGGAACAUAAUUAGCAACUAUUUGAAAAAGAUCUAAGAGUGAUGAUUAUUCAAAUGAGUUCUUCGACAGCGCUUCAGUACCCGGUUUCGACCAGUCAAAAAACCAUCCUCUUCUUAGAGUAAGCUGGCAACUUCAAGAUAAAAACUGCGCGGGGAAGCUGAUUUUAGGCUCAUCUGAAACAUUUUGAUGAACACCGGUUGAUGUUCUUCUUGAACCUCAUCCUCUAUUGAAAUAACUGCAAACUUCGUAGAAUGUUUACUUUUAAAACACAAUUUUCGUUUUACGAUUUAUACUCUUUUAAUUCUGGUACCCGUAACAUGAAUGGAAUUCUUGGCGGUUGAAAUGAUUUUUGCUGAUCCCAUUAUUGUUGUUGAUUAUAUUGUGUUCUGUCUGUGAUAUCCUGGGUAAUCAGAAGUCAACAUGUUAAAUUCUCUUUGUUACACAUUCUAUUUCCUUUCUAAGGCGGUGACAGUCUUUCACCGCGUUCAGAGCCGCAUUACAGUUGUGCUUACACAUGACAUUGCCUCCGUGGAGACACUAAAAUCGGAAUUAUGAAAAUCUUUUGGACUGAUUACGGACCACAAUAACAUCACCCAAAUAGUUCGCCAGUGGUGUUUUAGGGGAUGGAAAGCAGUUUCUUACACCUUUCUUACAUCUGUUUUGGUUUCCGACGUAUAUGUCGUAGCCGUAUCUGAUGAACCGGCGUCUGAUAAGAGCUUUUGCGUGAGUUUUCUGGUCAGUGUCUCCACUUGAUGGCCCCCACCGAAACCCUCAGCUUGUCCUGAUUAAUUCUCAGUUGUUACAGUAAAUCAGAUGGGUAUGAUAAAUCAAAAUCAGAUGUAUGUUGAUCACGUCCCUAUUCUUCAUCACUUUCUCUGGUGUUGAAACAAUUGGUCUGAGACGGCUACGUCACGCUGCCUCGUCGCCAGGUUUCUCACGUACCUGACAACUAUGAUGCUCGAAUGUAUUAAAGCAGUGUGAUCCUUGAUGUGAUAUAGCCCAUUUGUGCGGCAGUUGUAUUGUUAACUUUUCCUUUAUUCAUUGGAAUUAAUAGCGAAAAAUAUGUUUUUUAUGCAAAAACGUGCAGACUGAUGAACUUCGGGCCGUGACUGAACCUCGUAACGGCGAAAAUCGACGUGACGUAAUCGACUCGCACCAGUUGGUGUUGAAAUAAUAUUAUCUCGCUUGUGCUUUACUUUCCGUAAUCCGCUAUAAUUGUAUGGUCCACAUGAUCUCACUUGUAUCAUCCAUCUGGUACUCUUCUACCCUUGGCCCAAAAGCUUGGUUGAAAUCUUACUUAGUUUCGUGCACACGUACAUGUACAUACGUUUCCAGUGCAUAGUGCAGUGUGCACGAAACUAAAACGAUCUUAUGAAAAUCUUGUCGGGAUGUUUUUUAAAAUGCUCUAAUAAACUUUCUAGUUCGUGCUGGUGAUAUUACAUCUUAUGGCAUCUGACCCUCUUUUCAUUCCCAAUACUUGUAUUUCAUAUCGCUAUCUCGGAACUGUGUGAUCAACUUUAUAGCAACAGGUAUUUCGCGGAGAUAUUAGUUUUCUGGUUGUAGUUUAACUGAUAACUUCACGAUGUACCUUAUGUCAGUUAUGGUCAUUCCCAAAUUCAGGUACGCUUCUAUUUUCACCCUAAAUGUUACCAUACCCAGAUCAGGAACAUUGAUCUUUCCGGAUUCUUGACCGUCCUCUUUGACAGCGAAUCGGGGAUAUUGAGAUUAGAAAUUCGGGACGAUUUCAGUUUACCAUUGCAAGCAUGCAGCGCAGUUUAUUGCAGCCUUACCUGAUAUCCCGUUACACCCUACCUGCCACUAACGACAAUGUACAAUCCUACGCUAAGGCUGUCCAACGCCCACUCUUAACGUUCCUGAUUUUGGAAACGCUCCUGCAUUAGGGAAUGACCGUCUUGAUAUGGUGGUGGUUAAAUUGUAGUAGAAAAAUAUGUUUUGUUACAGGAAUAAGCAGGUUAUUCUACUAGAGAAAAAUAAAGCAUCAACGUCGAAUGAUAUA